CCGCAGAAGCGAGAGCAGCCGCGCCACCGUGCACGAAAAAAGAAAGCCAGGACCAGAUUUUCUGAGCCCCCUCCCCAUUUGGAGCCCCCUCCCCAGGCAUGGCAGCCCUCCGCCUCUCCCCACGCCUCUUCCUGGGGCUGGGCGCCCUGCGGGGGCCCGGCUGCCCCUCGGUUGUGACGCCCCCCGGCCGCCCUGGGAGACUCUACGCCGCCCAAGCCGCCGUCCAGGCCGCCCCGGAAAAGCAGAGAUUAAAGGCAGAGUCGUUGACCCAAGAAGAAUCGGGGAAAAAGCAUCUACCUACGGAAACCAAAUCUUUUGCGGUGGGGAUUUUCAAAGGCCAGAUCAUCACGGAGCAAGUCUUCCCUUAUCCCUCAGUCCUCAACGAGGAACAGACGCAAACUUUGCAGGAGCUGGUGGGUCCCGUCGGCCGCUUCUUCGAGGAGGUGAACAAUCCGUCGCGGAAUGACGAGCUGGCCCAGGUCCAGGAGAAGACGAUGCAGGGGCUGAAGGAGUUGGGGGCCUUCGGGCUUCAGAUCCCCACUGUAUUUGGGGGUCUGGGGCUCACCAACACCCAGUAUGCCCGCCUGGUGGAAAUCGUGGGGAUGCACGACCUGGGGGUGGGCAUCGCCCUGGGUGCCCAUCAGUCCAUCGGCUUCAAGGGCAUCCUGCUCUUCGGCUCCCGGGAGCAGAAGAAGAAGUACCUGCCCAAGCUGGCAACCGGUGAGCACAUCGCCGCCUUCUGCCUGACCGAGAACACCAGCGGCUCCGACGCGGCCUCGAUCCGGUCCAGAGCCGAACUCAGCCCUUGCGGUACCUACUACACUCUCAACGGGAGCAAACUCUGGAUCAGCAAUGGCGGCAUCGCCGAAAUAUUCACCGUUUUUGCCAAAACGCCGCAGCAAGACGAGACGGGGAAGAUGAAGGACAAGGUCACGGCCUUCAUCGUGGAGCGGGCUUUUGCGGGGGUCACCAGCGGCCCCCCCGAGAAGAAGAUGGGCAUCAAGGCGUCCAACACGGCUGAAGUCCACUUUGAUAACGUCCGAGUGCCGGUGGAGAACGUUCUAGGCGCGCCAGGCGCCGGGUUCAAGGUGGCCAUGAAUAUCCUGAACAACGGGCGCUUCGGGAUGGCAGCCGCCAUGGCGGGCACCAUGCGGGCGCUCAUUCACAAGGCGGUGGACUUUGCCGCCAACCGAACUCAGUUUGGGGAAAAAAUCCACACUUUCGGAGCCAUCCAGGAAAAACUCGCCCGCAUGGCAUUGCUCCACUACGUGACGGAGUCAAUGGCGUACAUGAUCAGCGCCAACAUGGACCGGGGGGCUUCUGACUUCCAGAUCGAGGCGGCCAUCAGCAAAGUCUUCGGCUCGGAAGCUGCCUGGAGCGUGUCAGACGAAUGCAUCCAGACCAUGGGGGGCAUGGGCUUCAUGAAGGAAAGCGGCGUGGAACAAGUGAUGCGGGAUCUGCGCAUCUUCCGGAUCUUCGAAGGCACCAAUGAUAUCUUGCGGCUUUUCAUUGCCCUCUACGGGUUCCAGAACGCCGGGAACCAGCUUCGUGGUUUGCAACAAGCCAUCAAGAACCCCUUUGGCAAUGCUGGGUUGUUGGUCAGCGAGGCGGGGAAACGAGUCCGCAGGAGGGCAGGCUUGGGGACAGGAAUCACCUUAAAAGGUGUGAUACAUCCAAGUUUGGAAUCCAGCAGUGAGCAGGCCGUCGAAGCCAUUGACCUCUUUGCGGGCGUGAUCGAGAACCAGCUUCUCAGACAUGGAAAGAAAGUUGUCGAGGAGCAGUUUAUGCUGAAACAGAUCGCAGAUAGCGCAAUUGAUAUCUAUGCCAUGGUGGUCGUUCUGUCCAGAGCAUCGCGGGCGCUGGAGCAAGGACAGGCCACGGCCCAGCACGAGAAGAUGCUAUGUGAGACCUGGUGCAUGGAGGCCUACAAGCGUGUCACUCAGAACUUGACCUCUCUUUCGUCCAGCACCACCCAACAAAUCUUCAAGAAUUUUCGGGUCAUCUCCAAAGCCAUGGUGGAGAAGGGAGGAGUGGUCUCUCCUUACCCCCUGGGUUUCUGAGACCCUCCCCCUCCUCCUCAGCUCUCAGCUUCGUUCCUUCCUGGGUGCAACAGGGGGUGCUGCAGCUUUUUAGGGUGGGGCAUUCGGGUCACAUCCCCUCCCCACUGGGAGACCAGAUGUCAUUUUUUUUGGGGAAACUGCACUCCGAACAUCCGCAGGUAGUCCUCGAUUUACGACCACAAUUGCAACCGGAAUUUCCAUGGCUAAGCAAGGCAGUUGUUAAUUGAGUCGCCCCCAAUUUUGCAAGCUUUUUUGGGGGGGCAUGGUUAUGAGCCACUGCCGUCGUUAAGCGAAUCCACCUUCCCUACCGGAAUUGGCUUGUCGGAAUCCGGCUGGGAAGGCCGCCAGUGGGGAUCCCAGGAUCCUUGCGACCGUCGUAAAUACGAGCUCGUUGCCAAGGGCCCGGAUUUUGUGAUCACGUGACUUGAGGACGUUGGCGACUUAUGCCAUAAGUAUAAGAGCUGCUUUAAGUCAUUUUUUUUUCCAGUGAUGUUGUAACUUUGAACGGUCACUAAACAAGCGGUUGUAAGUCGAGAACUGCCUGUACUUGCAAAUCCAGCCGUCCUCCUCGUUUUCCCCGUUCCUGUAGUUGCGCCGUCCCUUCUGGGAAUUUGCUAUUAAAUGUUUUUAAUCCAAUAA